CAGCCUGCGGCGCGCUCCGCUGUGCACCUGCACGGGGAGCAGCCGAGGAGGAGGCGGAGUGGAGUUUGGAUGCUUCGGUGGAACCGAGCGAGGCUGACGUUUUCCAGUCGGUAUCGGUGCAACUUCUUUCGGCAAGUUUCUCCAAAGAACUGUUGGGAUAUUUCACACAAGGAUGGAGCUUUCGAACCCCCGGCUUUGCUUUUUGCUGUUGAGCCUCCUCCCAGCUCUGGUCUCGGCUUUAGAGAUCACAUCUAGUCCAACGGCACCUCUGGAGAAGGCCAGCGGGCAGAGCGUGAAGCUGGACUGCCAGUUCUCCCUGACCUCCUCAGACACUGGACCUCUGGACAUAGAAUGGAGUUUGUUGGCCUCCGACAACCAAAUUAACGACCAAGUGGUUAUUCUGUACUCGGGCGACCGGGUGUACGAGGAUUAUUACGAGCCCAUGAAGGGUCGAGUCCACUUCAACACACCCGACCCGAAGAGCGGCGACGCCUCCAUCAACCUGACCGGACUGAAGUCGACAGACACGGGCACCUACCAGUGCAAAGUGAAGAAGGCUCCUGGAAUCAGUAGCAAGAAGAUGCAGCUGAUUGUCAUGGUGCGGCCAUCAAAGCCGAAGUGUACUACCCAAGGUACCCUGGAGGAAGGCAAAGACAUUGUGAUGAGAUGCUCAACUACCGAGGGAACCAAGCCGAUGCAGUACAAAUGGGAGAAAACCAGUGACAGCAAGCUGCUGCCUUCUUCUGCUGUGAUGGACCCCGUGGAAGGAACCAUCAAUGUGAAGAACGUUUCUGCCAGUGCAUCUGGUAGCUACCGCUGCGUGGCUAGCAACCGCGUUGGCUCAGAGGAGUGCGUCCUCUACCUCCAUGUGACCCCACCACGCAACACUGGAGGCAUCAUCGCAGGAUCCAUCAUAGCCGUUCUCCUGAUCCUGCUCCUUCUCGCCAUCAUCCUCUACUGCUUCUGCCGCGCUCGCAAGAACAAGAAAUACGAGAAAGAAAUCUGCAACGAGAUCAGAGAGGAUGUCCCCCCUCCGAAGAGCCGCGUUUCGAGCACGCGCAGCUUCAGCCAGAUGGGCAGCCAGCGCUCGUCCGUGGGGUCCAUGUCGCCAUCCAACCUGCACGACUACACGCUGAAGUCCCAGUACUCCAUGAAGUCCCAGUACGACAAGAUCCCGUCCACCGAAGAGUACGACCGCCCGCCGAGUCAGGUCCCGCUGCCCCCACCGACCGCCGCCAGAAUGGCCGGCCCCAACCUCAGCCGCAUGGGGGCAAUCCCCGUCAUGACCCCGGCCCAGAACAGGGACGGCUCCAUCGUCUAGAGAAGGCACCCUGGACAAAACGCCAAUGAUAAAAAAACAAACAAACAAAAAAAAUGAAGCGUUUUCGCUCGAUAGCAUCUACAAAACGAGAAGGUCCUCCCACAAAGACAUGGCUCUGCUGUGUUGGUGAUGUGCUGUACUGGAAAUAGAGCACAUUAACUUUUUAUCAAAUACAAAACGACAACAACAAAAAGGAAAAAAAAAAAACAAACACUUAUGCAUUUAAUGUCCUGGAUUUUCUCCCAGGAAAUAAAUCGGUAUGGAUAUAUAAAAGCAAGAAUGGUCAAUAUACAAAUUCUAUUGUACAUAACUGAAUGCAUGUUUUGUUUUUCUUUUUCUUUUUUUUUUUACAUUGAUUUCUCUUGCUGUAGAUAUACUGUUUAAAACCCAACCAUCCCCUUAGUUUGGCACCCUGUACAGCUGUGUGCAUGCCUCUGUGUGUGCGUGUGGGGGUGCGUGUGUGUGUGUGUGUGUGAACAGACGUCUGGAAACUGACAGUUUCUGUAAAUCAAAGCCUAACUGUUCCUUUACUUGUCCAGUUUUGAUUGGUUGUGGCUUUUCUGAUUGGAUAUCAUUUAAUAUAGCUGUUUUUUGUUUUUCAGUUCUCCGAGAACAAACUGACUACAAGUCAGCUGUUUGCUAAUGAACCGUUGUGUUUCUUUGACUUUAAGUAGAGGGGCUUUAACGGGUCCGGAUUGGCCGAUGGGGAAGGAGUGGUUUUGGUUUCCAUGAAUUGUGAUUGGACGGCUGAUCGGUACUUGACCCAACUUUAAAAAAAAUCCAUUCUCCAUUCUUCCUCUGAGGCUCUUAGGGGAGUACGGGUAACAGCUGGAUAACAAGGUUCACUGAGCAAUCAGCUUUGAUUGUGUUUGACUAUAUAAAGCCCUGCCACCCCCACCGCAACCCCUUUUUACAUCCAUACCAAAUUAACAAGACAAAAGGAUCGACACUUGGUUUAUCUGGCUGUGCGGCGUGUGCAAUCCCAUGUAUUUGUUGUUGCGCCACAAGGAGGCGGAACCUUGAUUAACCUUCUCCCUACGGUCGAUACGAAACCGAUCAGGGCUGAUGUAGCAUUAAUUUGAGAUUUUAAUGAAGGAUAGUAAUCACGGCUGGAUGAAGGUGUUUCCCACAGAGCGGAAUGCGGCAUACUGUUACACUCUACAUUAAAAGCUGACCUUCGUUUCCAAUCUCAGGGUACAAUCAGUCAGUUUAACCUACAUAUCCGAGUCCUUGCUACUCCUAUCUUCCGUUCUCUGAAAGCCUAACUUCUCAUCUGAAUUCCACCUUUUCGGACAAACAGUACAAAGUGCAAACUUCUGGUUGUUUUCUUCUUUGAUGCCUUAUUCUAUCCUCUUUUUUCUUUUUGGCCUUACACUCUUCCCUGUGGUUUCCUCUUUUUCGAUCCGAUUCUUGCCUUGUUGCCUUAGUUGAAAUGUUCAAACUGUGUUUUGUGCGUUCUUUAUGGCUGUCGCUUUCUGAGGACUAUAAUCAUUGCUGUAGAUAUUGCUGUAGACAACUGGGCUGGGACAAACAGCACAGUUCCCUGGUCGUUACACAGGAUUUUAAACUAAAAAUAUUCUGAUGGUUUUAAUACAGCGGUGUCCAAAGUGUGGCACUCAAAACGAUUUCGUUUGGCCCCUGACCAAAAGUCACAAAUGGUUAAAAAUUUGGACAAAAAAACGGAAAACAAUUGAUGUUUUUUAGAGGGAAUUUCAGUCACACUUUCUUCUUGGUAUAAAAUAAAUUAUUUGAACAGUAUGAGAUAAUUUUCAUUGACAAUAGCAGGAAGUAGCCCAUGCCUAUGCGACACACACUGAUUCCUCUUUGUUCUUACCUUGAUUGGCUCUCGUCUUUUAUUGAGAUCUCAGUCUGUCUGUUUUUAGCUUUUUAUGCUUUGAUUCUCUGUUGUUAGUUGCUAAUUCUUUUUAUGAAUUACAGCAAAGAUGUAUGUACUUUCUGUUAGAAAACAAAUAGAUUCUGACUCCACAUUGAAGUUACCUAUUGAAGUACCAACAAAACUGAAUGAACGAAGCAUCAAAUACCCAGUUUAUAAAUAUAUAUAUGUGCGUGACACUGCAGAAAUAUGUGUAAAACAGAAGAGCACAGUGUAUGUCAUCUGUGCUGUUUCCUGGCUCUGUGUGUGUUCUGGUGCCAGUAUAUGGAGUUUAUUACUUUUUCCCAAACAGAAGCAAAAGUGAGACCUUGGCUGAGCUAUACAAACAUUUGUCUUUUUUUUCCUUGUUUUGUUUUGGGUGUGUGUGAACAGCUGUAUUUAAUACUUGUUGCUAGGCAGGAUGCGGCCCAUGUAAAGAUCUGCUGGUGAAAUGUACAGAGCUCCAUUAAAGGCCAUCCUGUUGCUCCUCCAUGCUCGUAACUUUAAUGUAAACAACUACUAACAAUACUAACAGUAGCUUUGAAAUCUGUACUAAUACUUUAUAAAGAUUCCAUUGCGGUGCACACUGUG